AUGACUACUUUAAAUCAAUUCACAGUAUUCUGGGAGGCUGCCAGGAGUCGUGGCAUUAUCACCUCAGGCCCUGAUAUACCACCUCUCCAGCUUUCAGAUCAGAUGAAGAAAUUUGCGGCAUUGACUGAGAACAUUUUAUCUGUACCGUUGAAAGCCAAGCUUCUUGACCGUCUUCAUGUGCAUAUACCCACUCUAUUGCACCGUGAUGUUCAGUUGAAGCUAGCAAUUUGUAACACGGAUACGAAAGUCCUGAACUCAAAAGGCCCUCAUGGAAAACUUCAGCCCAGUGUUUACUCCCGUGUUACUUGCCUCUUGCAAUGCUCAUGCGGGACUGAUCACACUGCUGGGACUAAUGGAUCAAAGUUGCGAGAGAUUCCAUGGAAGGAUGUGGGGUGUUUGGUUUGGGUCAAGGUUAUUGCCACACAUUUCACGUCAGACAGUUCUCUGGCCAUCAUUGAAGAGGUCUCGGGCAUCUUUGAUCACUCCUCGGCAUGCGAAGCCGAGCUCGAGAUGGACCACGACCCUCGUAUUCCACUCCAUCCAGAACUCUGAGAGUUUGCACUAGCUCUACUACACCUGAAUACUCCUUUGACGCAGCUGCAGGAACAUUGUUGUGGCUUUGCAAAACAGAAAUG